AUGGAUGAGCGCGCGGCGCUCGUCGGCGGUCGCGAGGCGACGCAUUCGCGCGGGGACAGCGCGGUCAGCGUGUCGAUCGCUCCGGAACUCUCGGGCGAUCAACACCGACUCGAGGCGGGUCAAGCGCACCAGAGGACGUCGCCGUGGGUCAGGGCGCUGCUUUUGGUGGGGCUCGUCGCGCUGGUGGUGACGUGCGCGGCGCUGACGCGCGAGGAUAUCGCCUCGCGGCGCGUCGCCACCCCGCGGCUGGUCUCGCCCGACCUCGAGCCCUCUCCAGCACCGGACGCAGCCACCACCCACGGGAAGAAUAUGCGGGGUGACGGAAAAGAACAUCGCGUGGCGCGAGCGGGGAGGAGGGAGGAGUCCAAGGAGUCCAAGCGCCGGCCGGACGAGGCCGACUACAAUUACAUCGACGGGGAGUGGGCGUACGACUACGAGCAGUGGGACGGCGAGUUCCGCACCGUCGACGAAUAG